GUCUUGCACAGGUGUACCGGCUCCUCCCCUUCAGUCUUGCACAGGUGUACCGGCUCCUCCCCUUCAGUCUUGCACAGGUGUACCGGCUCCUCCCCUUCAGUCUUGCACAGGUGUACCGGCUCCUCCCUUCAGUCUUGCACAGGUGUACCGGCUCCUCCCCUUCAUCCUUGCACAGGUGUACCGGCUCCUCCCCUUCAUCCUUGCACAGGUGUACCGGCUCCUCCCCUUCAGUCUUGCACAGGUGUACCGGCUCCUCCCCUUCAGUCUUGCACAGGUGUACCGGCUCCUCCCCUUCAGUCUUGCACAGGUGUACCGGCUCCUCCCCUUCAGUCUUACACAGGUGUACCGGCUCCUCCCCUUCAUCUUGCACAGGUGUACCGGCUCCUCCCCUUCAUCCUUGCACAGGUGUACCGGCUCCUCCCCUUCAGUCUUCCACAGGUGUACCGGCUCCUCCCCUUCAGUCUUCCACAGGUGUACCGCUCCUCCCCUUCAGUCUUCCACAGGUGUACCGACUCCUCCCCUUUAGUCUUGCACAGGUGUAACGGCUCCUCCCCUUCAGUC